AUGGCUGAAGGGCUAGUAGAAGCUGGUGGGAAAGUCCAUUGCUUAGACAUACUUCCGGAACCAGAUAAGGUCUUCUUCCGUGCGAAGGAACGAAUCUCUACCGAAUACAGUGGUGCCCUAGAGUACCACCAGGUUGAUGUAUCGAAUGACAAGAUGGUGGAGGAGGUGAUAGGGGAUAUUGCCACGAAAAGGCAGCGACUGGACGGGCUGAUAGCUGCUGCUGGUAUCCAGCAAUGCACCUCCGCUCUCGACUACGCCGCGUCCGACAUUGCACGCAUGCUUGCCACAAACUACACGGGUGUCUUUCUCACAGCUCGGGCUUGUGCAAGGCAGAUGUACAAGUAUAAGAUCCAAGGGUCCAUGUGUCUGAUCGCCUCAAUGAGUGGGAGUAUCGCGAACAAAGGGUUCAUUGCUCCCGUUUACAAUUCGUCCAAAGCAGCCGUCAUCCAGCUGACGAGAAAUCUGGCCAUGGAAUGGGGCAGACUCGAGAAAGAUGGCUCUGGUGGCAUAAGGGUGAACAGUCUGAGCCCGGGGCAUAUCCUGACACCAAUGGUGGAAGAGAACUUCCGGAAAGGGGAGGCAGAUCGGAAAGCAUGGGAGGAGAACAGUAUGCUGGGAAGAAUAAGUACGCCUGAGGAAUACAAAGCAGCUGGGCUAUUCUUGCUGAGCCGAGCAAGCAGUUACAUGACUGGUACAAACCUGGUCAUCGAUGGUGGCUGUACAGCAUGGUAG